AUGCAGACGAUAGGCAGACAUCAUUCUUGUCUACCUGGCUACCUUUUCAUCUUCUGGAUCCUGGUCCUUCCUGGCAGUAUCAGGGCAUGUCCCAAAGCAUGUGCUUGUUAUGUUAAGACAGAAGUCCAUUGCACUUUUAGGUACCUCAGUGUCAUCCCUAAACAGAUUCAAGUUGAUGUGGAGCGCAUCAAUUUAGGGUACAACAGCAUAAGCAUGCUAACUGAAGCUGACUUCUCUGGCUUACAAAAGCUGGAGCUGCUGAUGUUACAUAGCAACGAGAUACAAACAAUCCAUGAAAAUGCUUUUAGUGAAUUAUCUUCAUUACAGGUAUUGAAAAUGAGUUAUAAUAAAGUGAAAAAACUACACAGAAACACAUUCCGUGGCCUGAAGAGUCUGGUCAGAUUACAUAUGGAUCAUAACAAACUGGAAUUUUUGGCCCCAGAAUCCUUUUAUGGCCUCACUUCUCUGAAACUGGUUCACCUGGAGGGAAAUGUACUACGGCAGCUGCACACAGACACCUUUGUUACGUUACACUACAUCCAGAUAUUUAAAGCAUCGUCUAUAAAGCAUAUCUAUCUCUCUGACAAUCAAUUAACUACACUGCCUAAGGAAAUGUUCUUGUACUUGAAUGAAUUAGAAGGGCUUUAUCUUCAUGGCAACCCAUGGUCAUGUGAUUGUAACCUGCUGUGGCUCGCGGAAUGGGGACAGCAAUCCAAAGAUUUGAUCAAAUGCAAGAAGGAUCGUUCAGGUCAUCAGUGCCCACUUUGUUCUAUUCCUCAAAAAAAUAAGGGUAAAUCUUUAAACGAAAUAUCAUCUCAAGAUCUAAGUUGUGCAAAGCCGCUUAUAGAUAACAUUUACAAGCUAAAAAAUGUGACCACUCCAGAGGAAGGGAGCUUUACUGUUAUAUCAGCCAAAGAUUUUGUGGCACCAAUUGGAUCUCUGGUUCUAAAUAUGACAGACCAAUCUGGAAAUGAGGCAAACCUGGCCUGCACUGUUCAAAGACCAACUAAGAUGUCUCAGAUAACAUUGGAAAGAAAGGAGGGCUAUACAAUAAUGAGGACUACAUUUUCUUCCUUUUUGGUGUGCAGUAUAGACUAUGAUCAUAUACAAAAGCUAUGGGGGAUAUUAGCAAUGUACAGUGACUCCCCAAUGAAACUUAAGAGAGACCUCUUGCUUACAAAGACUCCUUUCAUUAGUUAUAAAUACAAACAAGUGGGCUCUGGUGAUGAUGUGUUCACAGAUAUUGAGGCAGACCUUCGGGCAGAGCCAAACUGGUUAAUGCAAGACUUAGUGACGUUACAAUUAGACAGGUCAACUACGACCCUCAGCAUGCUCCAUAUUCAGUACUUAACUGAUGUCUAUGUAACUAUUCCAAACUCUGUUCACAAUUCUGUGAAAAACAGCUGGGUCAUGAUUAAAAAAAGCAACCAGACAAAAACAGAGUAUGCGGCAAUGAUUGGAGGAACUGUGGAGAUGAACUGUCAAGUUGAUGGUGAACCUGCACCACACAUUGAAUGGGUUCUUCCCGAUGGAAGCAAGAUCAGAGCUCCAUAUUUUAGUGAAGAGGGUAGGAUUACAAUAACAAGAGAUGGAAAAUUUACCUUAAAAGCUGCUGACAGUUUUGACACAGGUGCUUAUCACUGUAUAGCAACAAACUAUGUGGAUGCAGAUGUGCUUACAUUCAGAAUUACAGUUGUAAGUGCUGAUGUGGAAGAAGAAGCUGUCAAUGGGGCUGAGCUUUCAAUCAUUAAUGGGGGCAUGCUGUAUCUACCCUGUGGAUCAAAUGGAGUUCCUGAUGCAUCAGUGAACUGGAUAUUACCUGACCAUUCAAUACUACAGGAGACAUCAGGGAACAAAGUUAUUUUCCCCAAUGGGACACUAAAAAUUCAAGAUAUUACUGAAAGGGAAAGAGGACAUUUUAGAUGUAUAGCAGCUAAUCAGUACGGUCUUGACAUUCUGACCUAUAAAGUGUUUGUUAAAGAGAGGAAACUUGUUUUUUUUAAUAAAAAGAUACAGUUAGACCAAACUGAAAAGGAAAUUGAUGAAGGAUCAGGCACUGAUGAAAAUAAAGAAAAUAACUACUUGACCACAGGGAAAGUCAUAACACACCGAAAAUUCCCAACCAGACGGAUCAAUACCAGACCCGAUGGCCAAGGACAUUUAAAUAAAGAGAAUUUUAGAAGAAAUAGAAUUAACCAACGCUUCAGGGGAUACCGGAGGCAAUUUGCGCAGAACACAAGGAAAAUCGAUCCUCAGCGCUGGACAGAGAUCUUAGAAAAGACAAAAAAGAGUUCAUCGAACAGUCAAACAGCAGUGCAAGUCACAGAAGGUUCAGCCAAAGAAGAAAAUAUCACUGAAAUUGUAUCUGGUGAGCCGGAUGAAGCAUCUGGUGAAGAAUUCCUUCCAGUGGCUGAAAAGUUUUUGAUAGUGUCAGAAAAACACACAGCACAGUACAGCACAACUCCAGCUUCUACAGAUACACAAUCAUACAUAUCUUCAUGGGUUGCAGAGGAUAUAUCAUCAACAUCAAAACAUGCAAAAAUUAGCCAAGACAAUUUAGACACAACUACAAUAAACAGGGAAAUCACAGUCACUUCAGGAGAUUCUACUGUGCCAAAAUAUGUAUCCAAAAUUACUGGGAGUCCUCAAUAUAUUGAUACAUUUACACAUACUACAGUCAGUUAUAACAAUGAGCAGAUGACCACUCUAAGCAUUUUAAAUAGCACAUCAGUGGCAGCAAUGCCUGCACCAGAACUUACUACAGGUAUUCCGCACAUGUCAUCAAGUGAAGUCACAACCAGCCCUUUGUCAAAAUAUUUUCCUCUUACUAAUGUUGGGAAUCUUGAAGAGGAAAGACAAGACACUACUACUGCAUUCUACUCAUUGACUGGAACUCCAAAAAUAAUGAUAACUAGACCACCUACUACUGUUGGUGUUCCUUAUACUACAGAACUGGAAACUAUAACUGCAUCACCAAUUGCAUACAGUGACUUCCAUACUACAACUCAGAAUAAUUUAUUAAAACCAACCAUUGAAAACAAUGAACUACAAGUUACAAUUCAUGAUGAUACCAGCAGCUUUAUUACUACAGCUGGCUAUUUGAAUAACCUUUCAGAAAAUGUUGUUACCAGCCCACCACCGGAAAUAAGUUAUGUUACUACAACAUCUCCAGAUACUGUUACUAACCCAGCUACAGCAUCUUAUGCCCUCCCAACUCACAAUGCUAUCAGAGAUGAAACAACCACAUCCAGUUAUUUGCCUAGAACUUUUCAAAGUAAUCUUGGUACAUCCAAAAGCAUUCACAAACCCUCUUAUCUAUCCAUAAGUACUACUCAAAGUCCACUAGGUGCAAAUGACAUAGAAGUAGUUACAGAACCACCUAUUAUGCACAGAUCAACCGUCACAAAUAUACUAACUACUCCUAAACAUGACAUUUCCAAUUUCCAUUUGUCAGUUGUCACACCAAACACUAAAAGUAAUAGUGCACAGCAAAUCAUCACUUCCACUGCUAAAAAGGAUAAUUCUGCAUCUAAGCAGGGAUAUGAAUAUUCAACUAAUUCUGAAGACACACAUUCAACUCAAACAACUGUUCCCAGCACAAUGAUUCCACUCUUCCAUGAAAGAAAAGGCGAGUUAAAUAAGGAAAAUGUUUUUAGCAUUGAUUCUUCAACAAAGUCAAGCACAAAAGUAUUCCUUUCCCAAACAGAUAUUGGGCCUAUUUACAUUCACAGCACUCAAAAAAUAAUUUCUCCAAGCCUGUCAGCUGGCUCCACUAUCAUUUCUCAUCAACAGAUUCAGAUAGUGAAAGAUGUUACACCUUUGGUGCCCACUCUAAGGCGUUAUGGUCGUAGGAGGAUGCCUGGAAGGAGACGCAUUGUGAGACCAGGUCGUUAUCCAAACAUUAAAAUCCAUCAGUUUUGGAAGUUUGGCAAAUCAAGUUUAAGAGAGCUAUCUGCAGCUACAACACCUCACACAACAGUUUCUGAUACUAGUGAACAAAAUCAGCUGCCAUACAGCUCUGAAACUUCAAGUACAUAUGCUUCCUCACCAACUGAACAGUCUGCCAUAAGAGCUUUAGAGACCAUACAUGGUAAAGAAGCCACCACUCAAGCAAGUUCAGGAUUAAAACAUAGUGAUCCAAUUAAGGUCGACAUUAUGUCUUCAAAUUCUGUUACUCAAUUAAUUCUCAAGGACAAUACUUUGGGUAUGUUGACUCCUGCUGGUACAAACAGAGCGAUAACACAUACACAAACUAUAACUACAGAUAUUCCAACAAGAUUGCCUAUAACAACAAAUAAAAUCCUGCUUAAAACCACUUCUGCCCAAGUCACUACUAGGCCUAGAGUUACCUCCAAAGUAAUCAGAAGGAAAAUUCCUUGGCAAAGAUUAUUUGGUAAUAGCCAGAUAAGUCAAAGUGAGAUAUUGAAGAAGCUGAGAAAUAAUAUUCAUGUAAAAUCUGUAAAUAGUACCCACUCUCCAACAUCUGACAUCCUACUUCCCAAAACCUCUACAGCUCUCUUAUCAACUCAGUCAGUUGUGAGUAAUUCAAACAUAUCACCCAGUGCAUCUUUGAUAACAACAGAGAGCAACACAGCACUGCAUCCAAAAAUUUUGAAAGCUACAAACUCUGUAAUCAAUCCUGAAGAUGAUCCUGGCUUAGUAACACCAAGUACAGUUCAUUCAACUGCUAUCAAUACAGAUAUAAUCAAUCUUUUUAUAAGUCAUACAAAACCCAUCUCAGUUUUCUCAACCAGCUCCAAAACAACAACUGAUUCUGUGCCAACCAUCCCCACACCAUUAACAACUGCACUUUAUCAUUCUAGUGCCGGGUCUGUGCCUUCUGAAGUUGAUUCAACCAGCCCAGAAAUUGCUGCCACUGUUGCUUCUCAAGCCAAGUUAGGUGGUGCAAAAAUAGUCAUUGCAACAACCAGUUCCAGUGAUGCAUGGUCCAAGACUUCUUCUACCAGUUCUUUUUCAGAUACCACUUUCAAAGAUGUUAGUUUUACUCCUCCCAAAGGUAAUAUGUUUGUUACAAUGACCCCAGUAACAUCUGCCUUUGUUGAUAGUACAAGACUCAGAUUUCUGCAACGGAAAAAACAACGGAAAAAGCGCCCUUAUAACAUCUUGCCAGAACACAAUCAGUGGAAGUCAUCAACAAAUUCAAACAAGCCAUCUAAGUCUCAAGAAGAAACAACCGAAUCUUUUAAAAUAACUCCACCUUCAGACUUGUCAUCUGGUAGUGUUACUGUAGCACAUACAACAACAAUGUUACAACAACAUCCUCUAACCUCUGUAAAUAGAUAUUUCUUGACCAGUAUUUCAAAAGCUCCAAGACUAUCCCUGCAACAAUCUUCAAAGCUAAAUGACACAGAUACAUUAAAAACUCAACAUAUAGACCCAUCUGAUAAUCAUUUUGUUGCCACUUCUGUCCAAGCAUUAAAUAAGAAUAAUUUUAAACAUACAACUGUUACUACCCCAAAAUCAAAGACACCGUCACCAAGCCAUAAAGAUGCUGCUUUUCCACUCUCUGUGACAGCUAAAAUCAUUAGCAGUUUGACUGACCCAUCACCCAUAUUAGGUCCAGCCACAACCCAACUACCAGUCAUAUCUGGAAAGAAGGUGGCUACAUCUAAUGUUGAGAUCAGACCUGAUCCAAAAACAUCAGAGAGGAAAGUACAUAUAGUAGCACAUUUUCCAGGUGUUUUGAAGAAAACAGUGCAGUUUAACCCAUCCUCCACUCCAGCAGAAGAAACAGAUAAGAAAGUAACCUUAAACAAGAUGGAAGAAGGUCCAUCAAAUAUUGACUACUCUAAGCCUCGCAUUAAAGGAGGUAAAGCUGCAAGCUUCACGGUCCUUGCAAACUCGGAUGCUUUUAUUCCAUGUGAAGCUACUGGAAAUCCAACACCGACCAUUCUGUGGACUAAAGUGUCUUCAGGUACCUUUAUGUCAAAGACAAGACGUGGAAACAGAAUGGAAGUUUAUCCAAAUGGAACAUUGUCUAUUUCUAGUGCGGGCAUCCAAGAUCGAGGUCAAUAUCUUUGUGUAGCUACAAAUCAGUAUGGCUCAGAUCGGCUACUCAUCUCACUGUCUGUUAUAACAUAUCCUCCCAGGAUUCUACAAGGCAAAUCAAGAGAGAUCACAGUGCACUCUGGAAGCUCUAUUAACUUGAAAUGCCAGGCAGAAGGAAGACCUUUCCCCACAAUUACUUGGAUACUGGCUAAUGAAACCAUUGCGUCUGAGAAGUCUGCCCAUAAUCACAAAGCUUUUGUACAGUUGGAUGGGACUCUCAUCAUUAAAGAAGUGUCCAUUUAUGACCGAGGGAUUUAUAAGUGCUUAGCUACUAACAUAGCUGGGGCAGAUACCUUUACAGUAAAGAUUCAAGUGAUUGCUGCUCCACCUGCUAUUCUGGAAGAUAAAAGACAGACAGUUCUAGCACUUUCACGAGAGAAUGUGAAAUUACAUUGCUCUGCAAAAGGAAAUCCUCAGCCUAGUGUUCACUGGGUAGCGUUUGAUGGCACAAAAGUGAAACCAUUACAGUAUGUUAAUGCAAAACUGUUCCUUUUCUCUAACGGAACACUCUACAUAAGAAAUGCAGAACCCACAGACAAUGGAAAUUAUGAGUGUAUAGCGACAAGCUCUACUGGAUCUGAGAGAAGAGUGGUCACUCUCCGGGUGGAGCAAACUGAGACGAUUCCAAGGAUUGUCCAUGCAUCUCCAAAGUCCACAGAAAUGAAUUAUGGUGACAAACUGGUGCUAAACUGUACAGCAGCUGGGGAGCCAGCACCAAGAAUAAUAUGGAGACUGCCAUCAAAAGCAGUGGUAGAUCAGUGGCACAGAAUGGGAAGCCGCAUUCAAGUGCACCCCAAUGGCUCACUCGUCAUUCAGUCUGUAAAUGAAAAGGAUGCCGGUGACUAUUUGUGUGUAGCAAGAAAUAAAAUGGGAGAUGAUGUAAUUCUUAUGAAAGUCAGUAUAUCUAAGAAACCUGCAAAGAUAAUACAAAAACAGCAGCUGAUGAAGGAAGUUCCUUAUGGAAAAGAAUUCAGAGUAGAUUGCAAGGCUUUAGGUUUUCCAUCUCCAGAAAUAUCCUGGACUUUACCUGAUGGCACAGUAAUAAACAAUGUUCUUCAAGCUGACGAUAGUGGCAGGAGGGUACGGAGAUAUGUUCUCUUUGACAAUGGUACUUUGUAUCUCAACAAAGUAGGGAUGGCUGAAGAGGGAGAUUACACAUGUUACGCUGAAAACACAUUAGGACGAGAUGAAAUGAAAAUCCAUAUUACUGUGGUCACUGCUGCUCCACACAUUAAAAUAAACACCAGAACAAAAUUUGAGGCAAGAGCUAGUGGCCGUGUGGUUCUGGAUUGCGAAGCCAAUGGAGAACCAAAACCUAAAAUAUUCUGGUUGCUUCCAUCAAGUGAUAUGAUAGCCACAUCCCAUGACAGGUAUUUAUUGCAUGAAAACGGAUCUUUGAUGAUCAGCCAUGUGAAAUUGUUGGAUGCAGGCGAGUACAUGUGUGUGGCACGUAAUCCUGCAGGAGAUGACACAAAGCUCCUCAAAUUAGAUGUUCAUUCAACACCACCAGUUAUUAAUGGUUUAUAUACAAAUAGGACAAUAAUUAAAGAUUCAGCCUUAAAGCACUCUAGAAAAUUAAUCCACUGCAGUGCUGAAGGGACACCACCACUUCAAAUCAUGUGGAUUAUGCCUGAUAAUAUUUACCUAACAGCACCAUAUCAUGGCAGCAGGAUUAUAGUACACCAGAACGGAACACUGGAAAUUCGGAAUGUAAGACCCUCUGAUACAGCAGAAUUCACUUGUGUUGCUCGCAACGAUGGUGGUGAAAGUACGAUGGUGGUCCAGCUGGAAGUCACAGAAGUGCUUAGGAGGCCAGUGUUUAAAAAUCCAUUCAAUGAGAAGAUAAUUGUCAAACCAGGAAAAAUGGCUAUUCUUAACUGUUUGGCCGAUGGAAACCCGACUCCAGAAAUAAUGUGGCUUCUGCCAAAUGGCUCUAGAUUUAUAAGUGGACAGAUGUUUUCAAAAUAUCAUGCAGGAACUAAUGGAACUUUAAUUAUUUACAGUCCAAGCAAAAAUGAUGCAGGCAAGUAUAGAUGUGCAGCAAGAAAUAAAGUAGGUUACAUUGAAAAACUUAUCAUUCUGGAGGUGGGUCAAAGACCUAAUAUUCUGACACAUCCAAGAGGACCAAUAAAGGGUAUCCUUGGGGAGACGCUUUCUUUACACUGUUUGUCUGAUGGAAUACCAAAGCCUAGUGUUAUUUGGACUCUCCCAAGUGGAUAUGUGAUUGACAGACCACAGUUUAGUGGGAAACACAUGCUACUAGAAAAUGGCACGCUGGUCAUUCAAGAAUCAAACAUACAUGAUCGAGGAAACUAUUUGUGUAAGGUAAAAAAUAACGCUGGUGAAUCGUCCAUAAGUGUUCCUGUUAUGAUUGUAGCAUAUCCACCAAGGAUUACAAGUAAAGCCCCACAAAACAUUCAUACAAAGUCUGGUUCACCUGUACAUCUAAAUUGUAUGGCCAUUGGAAUACCAAAGCCAGAGAUAACUUGGGAGCUUCCGGACUUAUCAUUGUUAACAACAGCUAGCAAAGGACGGCCUAUGGGGACUGAGCUUCUCCACCCCCAAGGAACAUUAGUUGUGCAGAAUCCAAGGCCUGUGGACUCUGGGGUGUACAAAUGUAUUGCUAGGAAUGCCCUUGGCAUGGACAGCAGCUCAACAUACUUAAAAGUUAUCUAAAGAUACAUAGAAGUAAACUCUGCAGAACAUGAAAACAUUUGGAAGGAAGUCAGCAAAGGAGGGAGGUAGAGACAAUUUACGCUAACAUUUGGCUUACUGAUGUAGGAUCUUAUCAAUGCCUACAUAAAAGAUGACUUACAUAAGGCACUUUUUUAAAACCUCCUUUAUAAGGAAACU